ACUGUUUCCUCUCUCUCUCUCUCUCUCUCUCUCUCUCUGUAGAUGUUAAUGAGUGUGAGCGUCCAGGUAUCUGUGGACCAGGCCAGUGUUACAACACCAUAGGAAACUACACCUGUAUCUGCCCUGUGGACUACAUGCAGGUCAAUGGUGGAAACAACUGUAUGGACAUGAGGAAGAGUUUCUGCUACAGGAACUUCUACUCUGACAACGGGACGUGUGACGGAGAGUUGACCUUCAACAUGACCAAGAAGAUGUGCUGCUGCUCCUACAACAUUGGACGGGCCUGGAACAGACCCUGUGAACAGUGUCCUGUACCCAGCACCAAUGAGUUUGCCAUUCUGUGUGGAAGUGAGAGACCAGGAUACUACAUUGAUAUCUACACAGGACAGGUCAUCGACAUUGAUGAGUGCAGGGAAAUCCCAGGAGUGUGUGAGAACGGCGUGUGUAUCAACAUGAUUGGCAGCUUCAGGUGUGAGUGUCCAAUGGGCUUCCUCUACAAUGACAAGCUGCUCAUCUGUGAAGACAUUGAUGAGUGUCAGAAUGGGCCAGUGUGCCAGCAGAAUGCAGGCUGUCUCAACAUGCCUGGUAGCUACCGCUGUGAAUGUAAACCUGGAUACCGCUUCACCCCCACUGGACAGUGUCUGGAUCGCAAUGAGUGUGUGGAGAACCCAGGAGUGUGUAGCCCAGGCCAGUGUAUUGAUACGUUGGGAAGCUAUCGCUGUAUCUGCCCCAAUGGUUUCAAGGCUACAUCAGACCUGGCUAUGUGUAUAGAUGUGGAUGAGUGUGAGAGACAGCCAUGUGGAAACGGGACCUGUAAGAACACAGUGGGAUCCUAUAACUGCCUGUGUUAUCCAGGCUUUCAGCUCUCACACAACAAUGACUGCAUAGAUACGGAUGAGUGUUCGAGCCAGAGAGGGCUGUGUAGGAACGGGAACUGUAUUAACACCCUGGGCUCCUUCGUGUGUGUGUGUCGCGAUGGCUACGAACUCAGCGCCGAUGGAAGAAUUUGUGUUGACAUCAAUGAGUGUGCAGUGAACCCUGGGACUUGUGGUCCAGGCACCUGUCAGAAUCUGGACGGUUCCUACAGGUGUAUCUGCCCACUUGGCUACUAUAUACAGGACGAGACCUGUGAAGAUAUUGAUGAGUGUUCUCAGACCCCAGACAUCUGUCUGUUUGGGACCUGCUCCAACACUGAGGGCAGCUUCACCUGUGUGUGUCCUGCCGGCUUUCAGCUGUCCUCCUCAGGACGCAGAUGCGUGGAUGUCCGUGUGAACUACUGUUAUACUAAGUUUGAGAGUGGUCGCUGCCUGGCCCCUAAGCCUCUGAACACCACUAAAGGGGACUGCUGCUGUAGUGCCAUGCCUGGUCAGGGCUGGGGAGACCCCUGUGAGAUCUGCCCAGGCAAGAAUGAGGAGGCGUUUACAUCUCUCUGCCAUGCGGUUGGACAGGUGUUUGGCCCUGAUGACCAGCCCAUAGACAUUGAUGAGUGCACCGCCAACCCCAACAUCUGCAACAACGGUCAGUGUAUCAACACGGACGGGUCGUUCCGAUGUGAGUGUCCCUUUGGCUUCCGACUCGACACCUCAGGGAUCAACUGUGAAGAUACUAAUGAGUGUGACCUGGGGAACCCGUGUGGAAAUGGAACGUGCACUAACGUGAUUGGAGCGUUUGAGUGUGCAUGUGACGAAGGCUUCGAACCCGGACCCAUGAUGUCUUGUGAAGAUGUGAAUGAGUGUUCCCAGAAUCUUUUGCUGUGUGCGUUCCGCUGCGUAAACGUGAUUGGUUCCUACGAGUGUAAAUGUCCAACAGGCUACGUGCUGCGAGAGGACAAGAGGAUGUGCAGAGACCAGAAUGAGUGUGAGGAUGGGCUGGAUGACUGUGAGAGCAGAGGGAUGCGCUGUAAGAACCUCAUCGGGACCUACAUGUGUAUCUGUAACCCUGGUUACACACGGGCCCCUAACGGAGAGGGCUGCAUAGAUCUGAACGAAUGCUCUGCUAAGCCAGGUAUCUGUGAGAACGGUCGUUGUGAGAACACGGUUGGAAGCUAUCGCUGCAGGUGUGACCAAGGCUUCAGCGCCAACCCUACACAGACUGAAUGUAUAGAUAACCGCCAGGGACUGUGUUUCACGGAGGUGUUAACUACACUGUGCCAGAUGCAGUCCAGUAGCAGGAACAGUGUGACUAAGUCUGUGUGCUGUGACGGAGGACGAGGCUGGGGCUCUAACUGUGAGCUGUGUCCUCUUCCUGGGACCACACACUACAAGAAGAUGUGUCCACUGGGGCCCGGAUACACAACAGAGGCAAAAGACAUAGAUGAGUGUCGUGUGAUGGGGAACCUGUGUGUGAACGGACAGUGUGUCAACAGCCUGGGCUCCUACAGCUGUGUGUGUAAAACUGGGUACACCACAGACAUCACUGGCACCCUGUGUGUGGAUAUGGAUGAGUGUGUGCAGGCUCCUAAGCCGUGUAACUUCCUCUGUAAGAACACAGAGGGAAGCUACCUCUGUUCCUGUCCCAGAGGAUACAUCCUGCAGGAGGACGGCAAGAGCUGCCGAGAUCUGGAUGAGUGUCAGAGCAAACAGCACAACUGUCAGUUCCUGUGUGUGAACACCAUCGGAGGAUUCACCUGCAAAUGUCCUCCAGGCUUCACCCAGCACCAUACUGCCUGCAUAGAUAAUAAUGAAUGUGGGUCGGACCCUGCUCUGUGUGGCUCUAAUGGUGUGUGUCAGAACAGCCCAGGCAGCUUCAACUGCGAGUGUACUAGAGGAUUCUCAAUGGACCCCAAUGGACAGAGCUGUGAAGAUAUGGAUGAGUGUGAUGGUAACCACCGUUGUCAACAUGGCUGUCAGAACCUGGUGGGAGGGUACCGGUGUAGCUGUCCUCAGGGAUACCUACAACACUAUCAAUGGAACCAGUGUGUCGAUGAGAACGAGUGCCAGAACACUCAGAUCUGUGGGGGAGCAUCGUGCCAUAACACCCUGGGGAGCUUCCGUUGCCUCUGUCCCACUGGGUUCAACUACGGAGACCAGGGGGGGUGCAGUGACAUCAACGAGUGCUCCUCCUCCUCUAAUCCAUGUAACUACGGCUGUUCCAACACAGACGGAGGGUAUCUCUGUGGCUGUCCACCUGGAUACUACCGCGCUGGACAGGGGCACUGUGUGUCAGGCGUGGGCUUUGGUAGUGGUGUGAGUCUGGGCCAGGGAGGAGGAGGAGGAGGAGGAGGAGGAGGAGGGGCAGCAGAGGUGGGUGACAACGAUCUGUCUCCUGAGGCCUGCUACGAGUGUAAGAUCAACGGUUACCCCAAGAAGGGGCGCAAACGCCGCGACACCAACUCAACGCUGGAGCAACCUCUGGACAAUGCACAGCAUCAGGAGACAGUGAGUCUGGAGAGUGUGGACAUUGAGGACACCCUGCUGUUCAACCUGAACAUGUCCGGCCUGUCCAGCCGAGACCACAUCCUGGAGUUCACCCCGGCCCUGUCCACACUCAACAACCACGUGCGCUACUCCAUCGACUACGGCAACGAACUGGGCUACUUCAAGAUCAGCCAGAGGGAGGGGCUUAGCUACCUGCACCUGUCCAAGAGGAAGUCCCUCCCCCCUGGAGCCUACUUCCUGCAGAUCAGUAGCGUGGCCGUGUACAGGAAGAAGGAGCUGGCAGCGCUGGAGGACAGCAACGAUAAAGACUACCUCACAGGCCAGCUGGGAGACACACUCACCAUGAGGGUGCAGAUAGUCCUGCAUUAACCUACACUACAGGACUGACUGGGGUGGCUGGUCUGGGCUGGGUGGGGAGUGUCUGCCUGUAAACACUGGUCUAGGAACAGAUUAAUUUACCCUUGAUCCAUAUCUCAACCAUUAGGAUGGGGAGAGAAGAUCUGACCCUGGGUCAGUGGUUAUGGGCAACUUCUACCUACUCUGAGAGAGAGCUUGGGACAAUCUCAACGCCAAAGAGACUAAUGGGUGGGUGGGGGGAGGGGGGAUUGCGUUGUUUGAUUCCCAAAGAUGAUUCUACAUAUCAUAGAUACAACCUUUAGUGCUACAGUGUAGGCCUAACCCACUGGCUACAGUAUGGCUGUCUGAAGAAAGGCUUAGAGAAUGAGAAUGACAUGGAGGGAAGACAUGACAAUGACACAACAAUAACCACUCUAAACUGCUCUGUGCAGGAAGCUCUGGUUUGAAUGGUUUUUAUUUUUAUUUUUAUGAAAAAGGUUUAUAUGAAAUAGGUUUUGUAUGAUGAUAUGUGGAAUCUGCCACUCUUUUGUGGGACAUGUAAGGCAAAUGCCAUAUCCACCCAUAGCCCCUACCCCCAAGACCAUGAGGGUAGCUAGGGAGUAUGGGGUAGGAGGUAGGGGCUAGCGGUGGAUUUGGACUGAGUAGCAGAGUGCAGAAGUCACUGAUGCUGAGUGUUCACAGCUUGGCAGAGGUGGAAGUGAAAGGCAGUGUUCAGAUUCUCCACCCUUCUCCCUGAAGUGUGCACUUGCUCACUCCCCCUUCAUGGUUCACAAAGCAUUGGCUGCUAAGGAGAGUUUCCACCAUAUUAGGUAAACCAGUCCAUUCCUUUCAAAUCCCUGAGGGGAGAAGGGUAGGGAAUCGAACCGUAGCUAAAGUCUUUAGCUAGAAGGACCCCUCUUCCCCAUCAUAACUAUGCUUCUUCACCUUCCCCACUGACUAGACUUCAGCAUUACACAUAUUUACUGGUGCUAGUAACAAAUCCACAUAGACUUAUGAAUGCACUGUAAUACUCAACACACAGUAGCUGUCUGUCUACUGUCCUUUUAAUAAGAUGUCAGACGUCUUCUUUUCAACCAAAACCAAAGUAACAGCCUGUCUGCUCUCUAUACCACAUGUAAAUGAAGUGUGUUUAUACUGUAAUCAAUGCCAUGUUUAGAAUGUUAAUCUAUGAAGCCUUUUGUAAACUAGAGAACGCCCCUGGGAGGAGGGGGUGUAAUGGUGCUUAUAAUGACCUACUACUUCCUUUGAUAAACUGUAUACACACUCGCAAACACACAACACAAAUACACACACACGCCCUCAAACACACUCAAAACAUACACCGUUCUGAUGGUGCCAAACCUGUGCCUUCAUGAUUAUGCACUGAGGUCGACACGGCCACACACUUUUCGCUCGUACAACCAGUGCUCCGUAGCGAAGUCAAUCAGACCAGCCGCAGACUCAUCCGUCUGUCGCUCUGUCACAUCAGUGCUCCGUAGCGAAGUCAAUCAGACCAGCCGCAGACUCAUCCGUCUGUCGCUCUGUCACAUCAGUGCUCCGUAGCGAAGUCAAUCAGACCAGCCGCAGACUCAUCCGUCUGUCGCUCUGUCACAUCAGUGCUCCGUAGCGAAGUCAAUCAGACCAGCCGCAGACUCAUCCGUCUGUCGCUCUGUCACAUCAGUGCUCCGUAGCGAAGUCAAUCAGACCAGCCGCAGACUCAUCCGUCUGUCGCUCUGUCACAUCAGUGCUCCGUAGCGAAGUCAAUCAGACCAGCCGCAGACUCAUCCGUCUGUCGCUCUGUCACAUCAGUGCUCCGUAGCGAAGUCAAUCAGACCAGCCGCAGACUCAUCCGUCUGUCGCUCUGUCACAUCAGUGAGGGUUUAGUUGUAAAGUCACAAUAAAAACGUGUUUUUUUGUUUAAAAGG